CACAACAGAUGCGGGUUUAAUAGAGCAGCACCAGCGCACUUACUAUUUCGGCUUUACUGAACAGCGCACAUUUCUGCACAUCAGGUCAUGAUGAUUCAAAAUGGAAAUAUACAAUUUCCUCUUUAAGAAGUGCAGACACGAAUGUGUCGCUGUGAAGAAACUCUGAGGUUCGGGAUAUCUGAUGGGAGAUGUGUGCCACCUUAUUGACCAUGCAGGGUGACCGGUGACCCUGAAGAAAUUAAUAACCCGCAAACAACGGUCUUUCCUGCACGAUCUGCUCAUCAUUUGAUUUGUCAUCUCGUUCCCACCUGCAGAAGGCGCUGCAAUGGUCAAUCAGCAUAUUUUCGCACAUUACAAUUACACAGGGAAACUAGGCAAUCGUAACGACACAGAGGUGGCACCGUUGGACCCUAAAACAGUGGUGUUUUUGGUCAUUUGCAGUCUCAUCGUCUUGGAGAACUUGAUAGUACUGGUGGUGAUAUGGAAAAACCACAAAUUCCAUAACAGGAUGUACUUUUUCAUUGCUAACCUGGCUUUAUGUGACUUACUCACCGGUAUCGCCUACAUAGUCAACCUGUUGAUGUCAGGGCAAUGGACGCUGCACCUGUCCCCUGCCGAGUGGUUUAUGCGUGAAGGAAGUAUGUUUGUUGCCCUGGGCGCUUCCAUCUUCAGCCUUUUGGCGAUCGCUAUUGAGCGCCACCUCACUAUGAUUAAAAUGAGGCCGUACGAUGCGAACAAAAACUACAGGGUGUUUUUGCUAAUAGGGAUAUGUUGGUUGAUCGCAAUCACCCUGGGAGCGCUGCCCAUCUUGGGCUGGAAUUGUCUUGGAAACCUUCUACAAUGUUCGACCAUCUUACCUCUCUACAGCAAGUACUACGUAGCGUUCUGUAUCACCAUCUUCAUAUCGCUGCUGCUGGCGAUUUCCGUGCUCUACGCCCGAAUUUACAUCCUCGUCAAGUCCAGCAGUCGCAAAGUGACCAAGCACAGCAACUCUGAGCGCUCCAUGGCUCUCCUGCGAACCGUUAGCAUCGUGGUGGGCAUCUUCAUCGCCUGCUGGACGCCCAUCUUCGUCAUCCUGCUUGUCGAUGUGGCCUGUGGACCCAGGAGGUGCCCGAUUCUGCUCAAAGCUGAUUGGUUCAUAGCCCUGGCGGUUCUGAAUUCCGCCAUGAAUCCGGUGAUCUACACGCUAGCUAGUAGGGAAAUGCGGCGAGCGUUUUAUAAGCUAGUUUGUGGGUGUUUGGUGGCCGAAGGUGGGGUGUGGUGUAAACAUAACACAGAGCCUAGUAGAAGCAAGUCUAGCUCGAAUUGCCAGCGAGCGGCUGAACAAGAAAUCGACAAUACACAAUGCAAAAAAUCAACCUGCUAAUGAUAACAAGAGUGAAUGCAAGAGCAUAAAGUACAGUAUGUUUUAGGUCUCAAGAUCAAAGUACACUUCAGAGUGUGCACACUGGGAAGGCACGUUGAGAAAGAGCCGGUUGAGUUUCUGGUUCCUCCCUAGGGAGUUGGUGCCCUAAGCAGACUGCGUAAUAUGCGUAUAUGGAGCGGCGGUACUGCGUAAACAAUAUGCGUGUUAACAUGAUUUUAGUGUGAUAAAAUCGCUUACAAACCUUUUCUGUGUAAAGUUAUAUUUAACAAAUAAACUUGACGAUAUUAUGCUGUAAACUAGGGCUGCACAAUUAAUUGAAAAAAAUAAUCGACAUUACAAUUACAGCUGUCGCAAUUAUAUAAUCACGAAAAGUGUCAAUUACGUGUACACCCACUGCGGCAAAAUAUUUUUUGGUCCAUCGUGUGCAUGAAUGCAGAGGCAAAUAUGAUGUGUUUAAAUUAGUCUAAAGACAUAUCAGCAAUGCGCACUAAAUUAUAUGGUGUAUAAUCUAUUCAAAAUGUGAAUAACACAAUGUUUUUCAUGCAAUUAAAAUAAUAAUGCAAUUCAGGAACACUGUUCUCAGAUUCUUUUUAUGCAUAGUCCACAUAAAGAAUAUGGCAUGCAGCUGCACCAAACAAAAUAAGUAUUUUAAUGUAAAUUCUAAUAUUCAGAAUGAACAAUCUCAAUUACACUAGCAAAGGAAAUAAUCAGCAAUUAUGUUUUUCGUCCUACUGUAACAGCCCAACUGUAAACCCUAUUAAGACCGUAAAAAUGACAAUUAAAACAAAUUUGUAGUUUUAACAGAAGAAUGAAUGUAAGUGCUUUUAUGAAAUUUUAAGCUUCACGUUUCUGCUUUAAACCUUCCAAACAUUGGCCACAUGCACUUCCAUUGUAAGUGCCUCACUGGUACCUCCAUUUUUGCUUUUUUUAAAGAAAAGGAGGGAUGAGUAGCAGUGGCUGUUCUAGAAGGGGGGCCCGAACUUUCUGACAGAAGCCUGGCCCCCCCCCCCCCACCCCUGGUCGGACGAUGUAACACUUGCACCUAAAUAAAAAAAAGACUGAAAAUGACACACACAAAACACCUGUGAAAAGUCUGUACUAAAGAGUACCACAAAGCACUCAUAGUGCCUAUGCGGCGAAUGUGGCGAAUGCAGCUUUUAUACUUCAAAAAAAGCCUAACUACUCGACCGUCUCGCGGAAAAACAAAGUAUACCCUAGUCUUAAGUGUCAAACACUUGAACUUGAAAUUGCACACUACAGCAUAAGUGUAUGAUAUAGAAAGCACUUUAGAACUAUAGUAUGCACUUUGAGUCCUCGUUAAAGCAUAAGUGCAUACUAAAGUGCACAUUAAAGCAUUAGCACAUACUAAAAUGGAUAUCAAACCAUCAGUACAUACUAAUGUGCAUAUUAUAUUGCUAGCACAUGCUAAAGUGAACAGCGCUAGCAAAGAGCAGUUCUAAUGAGAAGAGUCUUCAAGUGCGUUUUACAAAGCAGAUGCUUUUCAAACACAUUCAGCAUUAAAGAAAGAGACUUUGUUUGACUUGAUCAGAUUUUCUUCUCUUCUGUUAGGCCAAUAGCACAAUCAGAAGCAUCAAGCAUACUGUAUGUACUGUAUAUUGCAUCCCCAAAUCUUUAUUGCCAGGUGUGGAUAUAGUAUGCAAGCAUGUUCUACACUUUAGUCUGGAUGACACGUUGUAUAUAGAUUGCUGAUGUUCGUUAAAUAAUAACUUAAUUGUAACAUACCAAAACUUAAAUGACUGAAAAGAACUUCUGUAUUCAUAUGGCAUGUGUAUGUAUGGUGUAAUGUGUUUUAAAUGCAUGUAUUUUAAGAUUAAAGGCGCUAUGCCUUAAACCAAUAUUGUUCACAUUUUGAUCAGUGGUUCCAAGUGUGUGCAUCUGUCUAAUGUUGCACCAUUAAGUAAUAAUGCACUGGAGCCACCUGCUGGAUUAAAUGGCAAACUGUAAUUUAGAUCAUUUAUAUUUUCUGACAUAAGAUAUCCUUCCAUUUCGCAGAUUUUUGUUGAAUGCAAAGUGAUGUGUUAAAAAGCUUUAAAGUCAGUGCUUACACAUUUAUACAGGGAAAACAAAAGAUUCCAGGUUUGAUCCGAGGUACAGGGGCCAUUGGUGAAUUGGAUGAUUAUUUAUAUUUCCAAUUCAAUUUUGAGGAAAGACUUUUGCAGUGGAUCUGCAUUGGCAGUUAAUACAUUGCAAAUCUGUAAUGUCUGAUGCAUUAAGCACAUUUCCCACCAAAUUCUCAUUACUGUAAUGCAUCCAAAUGUUUCACUUUUACGUCUUUGAAACUCCUUUUAUUUUCAGUGGUAAUUCUUAUUAUUGUGAUAUAGUAAUAUUUACUAUUUAACAGUAAAAAAAAUAUAUAUAUUUUUUUUUAUACAAGUCAGCAUGAAUCAAAGGAAGUAAAAUUAAUUUUACAGAAUUUAAAUAAUUUUUUUUUCUUCGCAUUACACACCUAACCCUAACCAUAUUU